CAUCUCAAACAAUGCCGCCAAAUUUUCACACCGCGCCUCCUUAAAAAAUUUCAAAACUUUCUCUCUCAAAAACAAACCAAACCAAACUUCAAAAAACACAAAUUCAAAGUUUCCAAAAACCUCACCUCCCUCUAACCUAAUAAUAAUUCUCUCCCGUUCUCCCAUCCACCAUAGCCACCAUCGAAUCAUUCACUCACUCAAAUUAUUAUUAUGGUGAGGGAACAUAGAGUUGAUUCAUUCUACACAAAACUCCGCCAAUCGGCACACUCCUCAUCCUCUUCCUCACCCGUUCUAAUCUUCCCAUCAACCUCCGACGUCGAUUCCCUCUGCGCUCUCAAAAUCAUUUUCCGCAUCCUUGAAUCAGAUUCCAUCCAAUACGCAUGUUACCCCGUUUCCUCUUUCCGCGAGAUUCACAAUUACGCUACCCCAACCCAAAACGACGACCCUAUCUCUAUUGUUUUAAUCAAUUGGGGUUGCCACAGAGAUCUCCGUAGAAUUUUAAACCUAGGUCAAAACGCUAAAAUCUUCGUCGUUGAUAGUCAUAGACCUAUUCACCUUCAUAACCUCAGUGACCAAAACGACACCGUCGUUGUUCUUUUCACCCACGACGAUGAAAAACAAGCCGAUCUUGCUUACGAUUUUGAGUUUCCUCUCACUGCUUUAGCUAACGCUUCUACAACCAUUGACUCAGACUCCGAACCUGAUUCCGAGUCUGACUCCGAGUCAGACUCAGACUCCGAACCUGAAGAUGAAGAUAAAUCAAGAAAGAAAAGAAAAAGAAAGAGAAAUUCUGAAGGUGAAUAUGAAGAACAACAACAGCAGGAUGAAGAAAAAGAAGAGGAACAAGGAGAACAUCAAGAUCCGAUUAAACUAUAUAGAAAGAGGAAGAAGGAGUAUUAUCGUUUGGGAACGUUCCACGGAAAACCUUCUGGUUGUUUGAUGUAUGAAUUAGCUCAUUUGCUGAGGAAGAAUACGGAUGAAUUGCUUUGGUUAGCUUGUGUGGCGUUAACCGAUCAAUUCGUUCACGAGAGGCUAAGUGAUGAAAGGUAUAGUGAUGGUGUUAUGGAGUUAGAACAAUAUAUAAACAGUUCUGGUAAUUUAGAUGCUGUUAAUUCUGUUACUCUUAAAGAUGGAACGAAAAUUAGGGCGCCGAAUUCGUCGCGAAUUGCUUAUGAGGAUGAACCAAAGCUUAUGCUGUUGCAGGAAUGGAAUCUUUUUGAUUCGAUGCUUUGUUCUUCGUACAUUGCGACGAAGUUGAAGACAUGGAGUGAUAAUGGAAUGAAGAAAUUGAAGCUUUUGUUGGCGAGGAUGGGAUUUGCACUUUCUGAUUGUCAGCAGAAGUUUCAGUAUAUGAAUGUUGAGGUGAAACGUAAGAUGAAACGUGAGUUUGAGAAAUUUUUACCUGAAUAUGGACUUAAUGAUUUUUAUUACCGUGGGUUUUUGAGGAUUCAUGGUUAUAGUUCAAGAGUUUCGGCGGCUGAUGUUGUUUAUGGUGUAACUGCGCUUUUGGAAUCUUUUGUGAAUUCGGAUGGUUCUUGUGCUUCGAUGCAGUUCAAUGUUGCGUUUGAUGCACUUUCUUUGAACAAUGUGGAUAAACUCAAAGCUGGGAUGCAACAAGCUAUUAAGAUUCAGAGAGCGAUUUUGAGGCAGGGAAGUACUGCGAUUAUGAAAAAUGGUUACAUUAGAAGUGGAAGAAAGUUUCGAUGGGUGAAGCUUGAGGAUUCUGGAGAUUCUAGAUUGUUGGGGUAUCCUCAAGCUUUGACAAAGUUUAGUUAUUUUAUAAUGGAUGCUUUGAGAGAAAAGGGUGCUAGAAUGAAGCCUUUGGUUUGUGCUUGUUUGUCUCAGGAACCAAGUAAAGUGCUUGUUGUUGGGGUUUGUGGGAGGCCGCGUUUGGCUGCUGCGCAAGGGAACACGUUCGGGGUUGCGUUUAGAAGCGCCGCAGAAGAGAUCGGUGCUGAGUUUUUCCAUGAGUUGUUUGAGUCUUCUUGGAUUGUGUUGGAUUCUAAAUUGGUUAAUUCUUUCAUGGUUAGGUUGACUGAGAAACUUUGAUACUGUGCUUGAACUUGUGUGUCUUCUUCUUCACUAACUGCAGUGAAAUGCUUCAAAGUUAUAUUAUUAAUAAAUAGUAUGCAGAGGUUGAUGUUGCACUAAGAUUUUAUGACUCAUUUUAUCUUAGUAUGUUGUAUUAUGAUUUAUAGCAUCAUCGUUUUAAUAUAAUUUUUUUACACUGUUUUACCCUGAUUUGUUGACUUGUUACUUUCAUGUAAACAUAUUCUCAUUACAAUUUCAAGUUGAUGUUGAAAUCUUGAGUUCUUCUUGGAUGAAGUUCACAUAUCAAAUUAACAGUGCUAGACUGUGAUGUUGAAGAUGAACUAUUGUUGUAGAGUUUAUUUUUAUUUUUGAUGUAUUGCAAGUUAAUUGUAAUGAAUCCACUCAAAUGUAAUCGAAAAGCAAAUGUAGUUUUACUGAA